AUGACGCGUGUACUAGCCGAUGGUUACUCGAUCGAUGCAAGCUGGUAUUCAUUGGCCUAUUGUAAAUUUUCCUAUUACAUCCAGUACAUCUUUAUGUCUCUAUCAUCUUGGUAUUUAAUAUUGGCUUGUAUGGAUCGUUAUGCAUCGAGUUCACAACACCUUCGUCUGAGACAGUUUUCAUCAUUGAAAAUCGCCUACCAUCUAAUACCUACUGCGAUAGUCGUUUGUUGUUUGAUCUAUGUGCAUAUGCCAAUUUAUUUUGAAAUUAAACUAUAUCAAGUGAGUGCAACACAAUUUGUUCAUGCAUGUUAUGGUCGAAGUGGCGUAUAUAAACAAUUUUUCAACAUUUUUUACGUCACCAUCUAUUGUUGUUUACCACCUUUGUGCAUGAUUGUGUUUGCAUGUUUGACCUAUCACAAUGUCAAACAAAUCCGUCGACAAGUUGUGCCAUCCUCUAAUAAUCAGCAACUACGACGAAUGAAACAACGUGAUUACCAGAUGAUCCAAAUGCUGUUAUUUCAAAUUACGCUAACAAUUUUGUUAACAUUACCCAUUGCCAUAACGGUUUUAUAUACAACGUGUUUUGGUUCCGAUGUAAUUCAAAAUUUUAUAUUGAAAUUAGCCACCUAUUUACUGUACAUUAGUUUUAUAUCAAAUUUUUACAUAAAUACUCUGUCAACAAAAACAUAUCGAUACGAAUUGUAUACGCUAUUGAAUGAAUUAAAUCUAUAUUUAUUUCGCAGUAGUAUUAUCGCACGACAUUUUAGUGUAAACCAUGCACCUACAACGCACGGCACAGCCACUGCUCACAUGCGAACAAUAACAAGAGCAGAACAAUAA